AUGUGGUUAGUUGCGAAAAACAGUUUCCUGCUGUCGCCUGAUCUAACGCUGAUCAUUUUAUAUAUUGUCUUAAGAAAUUUAAGGGUGUUGGGGUCCAUCGGGCCAAGAACCUCGAUACAUAUUGGCACGAAUUCCAUCGAGGGGAGGGCGUUCCCAUAUUUUUUCAUUUUCUCGUCCGCUGCUCUGGCCGCGGCCAAACCGCAUUCUUUACUUGUCAGGUUUACAUAUCGUUCGGCAAAUGAUGACAACACAGAUGAUGAAAACACAGAUGAUGACAUCACAGAUGGUGACAACACAGAUGAUGAAAACACAAAUGAUGAAAGCACAGAUGAUGAAAACACAGAUGAUGAAAACACAGAUGAUGAAAACAGAGAUGAUGACGGCGAUGAUGCUGUCGAGCGAUAUAAGUUCCGAGUUUCACGUCUUGUAGUCAUUGUGCUGCCAUUGUACUGUCUCGGCCAAACUCGAAAAUUGUCUCAAAGCGUUCACAGUUCUGCUUAA